CCUAUCCAUUCACUUUCGGCUACAUGGAUACCGCUUUCUCUCUCACGUGUCACCUUCCAAACCCUACCCCAUAACCCCCCACCCCAUCCCCAAGCAACCACAAUUUACCUUGUAAGAAUUGCCGGAGAUACAAAGCCCCAGUGGUAGAUUCUGCAACUGGAUUCUUUUCUUCAUGCAAUUUUUAUUUUUUUCCUCGGAAGUAGAUGAGUUAAGACAGAAUUGAUGCUGUCUUAUCUUGGGAUGCAGAUUUUUCGGUUUGAUUUUGGUAGCAGUACAGAGUUGUAGAAUUAGCCAUGGUUUCUUCUAACCAUUAGAUCUGUGGAUUGGGGUCUUUUGUUUUUUGGCUUUAUAUUGAUAAUAAACCUCGUCCGUUCCGCUUGGACUCCUUACGUUCCAGCUCACUCUCUUUUCAGACCCGGUGCCUUUCUUUUAAUUGACAAUACAAGAUCUUAUACUGGCCAAUUAAAGUGAGGUUAGACAAUUGAGCCUAAAAUCAGCUGCUCAAAUGGGCACUGGACAUGAGGGCACCCCUGCAAAAUCUUCCACCUCUGCUACUACUACUCAGGAAGCACCAACUACACCUGCAUAUACUGAUUGGUCAAACUCUAUGCAGGCUUUCUAUGGUGCUGGAGCUACUCCACCUUUCUUUGCUUCAACAAUUGCUUCUCCUACACCUCAUCCCUACUUGUGGGGAGGCCAGCAUCCUCUGAUGCCACCUUAUGGGACUCCAGUUCCAUAUCCAGCUAUAUAUGCUCCUGGGGGAGUCUAUGCUCAUCCCAAUAUGGCCACGACUCCAGGCGCUGUACAUGGAAUUGCAGAGUCAGAUGGAAAAACAACUGAGGCAAAGAACCGUGCUUCAAGCAAAAAAUCCAAGGGGACUUCAGGAAACCAUGGAUUGAUUGGUGGAAAGACUGGAGAUGGUGGGAAAUCAGCUUCAGGCUCUGGAAAUGAUGUUGCAACACAAAGCGCUGAUAGCGGAAGUGAAGGUUCAUCGGAUGCAAGCGAUCAGAAUGAUAACCAGGAAUUCUCUGCAACCAAGAAAGGAAGUUUUGACCAGAUGCUUGCUGAAGGAGCAAAUGCACAGAACUCUGGUCCGGCUAACUUCCAGAAUUCAGUACCUGGGAAUCCUGUAGUUUCUAUGCCUGCAACUAAUUUGAACAUUGGCAUGGAUUUAUGGAAUGCAUCGUCUGCUGUUUCUGGGGCUAUGAAAUUAUGCCCCAGUCAGACUAGUGUUUCACCAACUGUGGCUCCAUCUCCAUCUGGCAUGAUGAAUGAGCAUUGGAUUCAAGAUGAUAGAGAACUAAAAAGACAAAAGAGAAAGCAAUCUAAUCGGGAGUCUGCUCGGAGAUCAAGAUUACGGAAGCAGGCUGAGUGUGAAGAGCUACAACACAGGGUAGAGACUUUGAGUGGUGAGAAUCGCACACUAAGAGAUGAGUUGCAGAGGCUCUCAGAGGAAUGUGACAAGCUGACAUCUGAGAAUGACUCCAUAAAGGAAGAAUUAAUGAGGGUUUGUGGGCCCGAGGCAGUAUCUAAACUUGAGAACAACAGUCCAGUUAACCAUAUUCAGUCUCGUGGUGAUGAAGGUAACUGUUAGAUCAGGAUGUUAGAGAGUAGAUUAUGAUGUUUAAAGAGAGAAUUUUUUCUAUUUCCGGAGAAUUUCAUGACUUUAAGCUCAAUUAAGUAAAGGAUGUAUUUUUCUAAGUUCCUAAGAUAUUUGUGACUUGAGGAAGUUUGUUGUUGUCUACUAAUCUAUACCAUAUAACCCCAUUUACUGUAACAUCAAUCUGUGUUCUUCCAAUGACGUUAGAUAUCUAAUUGUUCACUUGGCUAUUA